CAGCUGAUUACAGGAGUGCAGACGUGUACAUGAAGUGCAUUUAAUAUAUAUUUUCUGCCGUGAUUUUUCUGUUUAUAAGAAUAAAGGAGCUUUACAACUACAGCAAUGGCUACCGUUGAGGAACUCAAGCUGCGAGUCCGCGAGUUAGAAAACGAAUUAAUCAAGUCGAAGCAGAAGCAAAGUGAUGCUGAACAUCAUCUCAGACCAAAGAUUGACAAAAUGAGCGCGGAAGUCAUAGACUCAAAUCCAUACAGUCGUCUAAUGGCUUUGAAACGAAUGGGUAUAGUGCAGGACUAUGAGAAAAUCCGCUCGUUUGCUGUAGCAGUGGUGGGAGUCGGAGGGGUGGGGAGUGUCACUGCAGAAAUGCUCACCAGAUGUGGCAUUGGUAAGUUACUGCUGUUUGACUAUGAUAAGGUUGAGCUUGCCAACAUGAACCGCCUCUUCUUUCAGCCACACCAGGCGGGACUCAGUAAAGUCGAAGCCUCACAACACACACUUAGGAACAUAAAUCCAGAUGUUGCAUUUGAGACCCACAAUUACAACAUUACCACAAUGGACAACUUCACACAUUUUAUGGAGCGCAUAAGUCAUGGUGGUCUUGAAGAGGGGAAGCCUGUAGAUUUGGUGCUGAGUUGUGUUGAUAACUUCGAGGCUCGGAUGGCCAUCAAUACAGCGUGCAAUGAGUUGCAUCAGGUCUGGAUGGAGUCGGGUGUCAGUGAGAACGCGGUUUCUGGACAUAUUCAGCUCAUUAUACCUGGAGAAACAGCCUGUUUUGCUUGUGCCCCUCCCCUCAUAGUGGCUGCGAACAUUGAUGAGAAGACAUUAAAGAGAGAUGGAGUGUGUGCGGCCAGCCUGCCCACCACAAUGGGAGUGGUCGCUGGACUCCUCGUGCAAAACGUCCUUAAGUAUCUGUUGGGCUUUGGGACAGUGAGUUAUUACCUGGGUUAUAAUGCCAUGCAGGAUUUCUUUCCAAGUAUGGCAAUGAAGGCCAAUCCACAGUGUGACGACAGAUACUGUAGACGACAACAGGAGGAGUUCAAGAAAAAAGAGGCAGAGCGGCCAAAACAGGAAGUGGUCCAGGAAGAAGAAGAGGAAGUGGUACAUGAGGAUAAUGAAUGGGGCAUUGAGCUUGUGUCAGAAGUAUCAGAGGCGGAGCUUCAGGCUGCAUCAGGACCGGUUCCAGAUCUACCAGAGGGCAUUACUGUAGCCUACACUAUACCUGAGAAAGAUGGAGAAUCGGGGGACACGGUGGAGGAAACAGAGCAGAGUCUGGAUGAGCUCAUGGCUCAGAUGAGGAAGUUGUAAGAAGGACGGCACCAGAGAAAAUAAACAUCUCCUGAACUCCUGAUCAUUCUUGUUCAUCCAAUCAAACAGAUUAUUUAGUACUUAUGUACAUGUAUUAUCUGAGGUUGCACAAAACAAAACGACUUCUUUAGUUUUUAAUCGCUUUCCAAAUCUUGAAUGCUCUCUACAGUAUAAAGGUCUCAAACAUCAGCAUGGACAGAAAAAUUUGACUCAUCUAAACGGUUAUUUAUUGUUAUCUGUGCAGUUACUAAUUCUGUUGACACACUUGAAUAUUGAAUUGCCAUGAAGCACUUCAAGUCACCCCGUCUAAUGUUAUGGAGAACAUCAUACCAAUGUUUUAAUAAUAGCUGUGUCACACAUUUUAUUAAUAGUUCUGACUACUGUAUUGAAUGAUGUAAUGCAUAUUUGAAUAAUUCAAUAGAAAAUAAAUUUAUUACUGUUACAUUAUA